AUGCCUGAAAAUGCACGAACAGAGUUUGACAUCCUAGAUUCUCAUGGAACUGAGUAUCAUCGAUGGGUGUCCGACGUGCAAAUUACGUUCGUCAGAAAGAAGUUUACUGCUGCCACCAACCCUCCAAAAGAAAAAGAGGACCAAGCAUCCGAUGAGGUGAAAGCCCAGACCCUGAUGUUUCUCAGGCGCCAUAUGGACAAGGUACUCAACAAACAGUGCCUCAAGUAUACAGAUCCGAGUGUUCUUUGGGAAGCUCUCAAGGAACAGUUUAAUAAUGUGCAUGACGCACAAUUGCCAACUCUUUUGGCAGAAUGGAGAUCUUUUCAUCUACUGGAUUUCGCCAAGGUUCAUGAUUACCAUCAGGCGAUCUUAAAUCUCCAACCGGACUUAAAUGUGUGUGGCAAGGAGAAAACUGACGAUGCCAUGAUCGAGAAUACCCUAGAGACUUUCCCAGAAUUUACGAGUGAAAUAGCUCACCAAUAUCGCCUUGAUUAUGAUGCCAAAAGAAUCAAGAGUUUUGCGAAUUUGAUGAACCUUCCCAAGAAGAAGGAACGUCAUCAUGAGAUCAUUCUCAACAACAACAACCUAAGACCUGCUGGGACGAAAAGAGUUCUGGAAUCUCAUCAGGCAAAUGUGGAGAUGCCUGAUGCUAAUACUACCAUCAAGCUCAAAGUUGAAGACUUUCAGACAAAAGAGAACGAGAAAGCCGGUCUUCAGGCUCUUUCCACUCCUGAUUUUGAAUAA